CCCCGCGCAUUUCACUUCCACACACACACACACACACACACACACACACAAACUAACGCAAACACUCUGUAACUGUGGCGUCAAGACCAACAGAAAUUUGUUGGCGAGGAGAAACCACAGGAGAGGAACCAAAGGGAACCGGAACGUCACGAAAACCGAGCGUUGUUCCACUGAGAUGACGUGUCUCUCAGCCAUCAGGCCGGCCCUAGUACCACUCCUGGUUGGGGUUCUGACCCUGGUCCUGGUCUCUGGGUACACAUUGGAUGUUGAUCACGCGGUGCAUUUCGCCGGCGUUCCCGCGUCCAUGUUCGGCUACUCGGUGCUGCUGCACCGGCACGGGAUGCACAGCUGGUUGGUGGUGGGAGCGCCAGUGGACAACUCUUCUUCUGUUUCUUCGUUGUCUCCAGGCGGCAUUUACCGUUGCGCCAUUACAACAGAUGAGCGAAACUGUCAGCUGAUGCCUGCAGACGUGUCACAUUGUGGGAAGACGUGCAAGGCUGAGAGCGAUCACCAGUGGUUGGGUGUCAGUCUGUCCCGACAACCCGGGAACCACCAUGGAGGAGCAGGAGGACACAUCCUGGCAUGUGCACACCGCUGGAAGAACGUGUUUUACUCCAGGAACGAUGGUCAGAACAACAAACUGCCACACGGAGUUUGUUAUCGCUAUGACAACAACCUCACACAUGCACAGGCCAUCAUACCCUGCUACAAAGACCACCAGAGGAAGUUUGGUGAGGAGUACGGCUCCUGUCAGGCUGGAAUGUCAAACCAACUCACUCAGGACCUCAUAAUCAUGGGCGCUCCGGGGACGUCGUACUGGACCGGUUCCGUCCUGGUCUUCAACACAUCCAGCAGUGUGAUGUCCGUCUACCUGGACGAUGACGGGUCGGUAGGCUUUGGAAGCUACCUGGGCUACUCAGUGGAUGCAGGUCAUUUCCUGGAUGCUACUAGCAUGGAGGUGGUGGGAGGCGCCCCACAGUACAACCAGAGGGGAAAAGUGUUUAUCUUCUCGGUGGAUGGCAACAUGCUACGUGUGCUAGCGCACGUGUCAGGAACAGAGCUGGGUUCAUACUUUGGCGCUAGCAUCCGCACAGUGGACCUGAACGGCGACGGCUUAUCAGAUCUCUUGGUGGGUGCUCCAAUGGCAACAGGCGCAAGCAGGGAGGAGGGGCGUGUCCACGUCUACCUCAAUCAGGGACAGGCUAAGCUAGUGGAGGCGGAGUUUCAGCUGAGCGGGGGCAAUACCCACGGCGCUCGCUUUGGGGAGACCAUCACAGACUUGGGAGACCUGGAUGAUGACGGUUACCCUGAGGUGGCAGUGGGUGCCCCUCAGGAGGACGAUCUAAAAGGGGCCGUUUACAUCUACAACGGCAGGAAACAUGGCAUCACUCAAAUACCAUCACAGAGGAUGAGCGGGGCAGUGCUUGGUCGUGACCUCCGGAUGUUCGGCCAGUCGCUGAGCUCGGGCGUGGAUGUUGAUGACAAUGGUUACCAAGACGUUGCCGUGGGUGCGUUCCUCUCGGAUGCUGCGGUCGUUCUCAGGUCUCGUCCUGUCCUGCAGGUGGCGGCCUCACUCACCCUGCCUGAGAACAUCCAGCAGCAUGCGGCGAGCAUCAACGUCAGCGUCUGCUUCAGAGUCACCUCCAGACAGUAUAAAGGAGCCAUAGAUCUUCAAUACAACCUGACAUCCGACCUCCUCCAUCAGCCAUCCUUCCCGCACCGUUUCUAUUUCCACGGCAACGGCUCGUCCAAUAGCACGAGGGCUCGGGUGAAGGUGCGGCUCGACCAUCUAAGCUGCACUAAUCACGUCGCGUACCAGAAGAAGGAUGUUCGGGACAUUUUCACGCCGGUCCGUUUUGAAGUUUCCUACAGCCUCCGAGAGACAAAUGCUCACAAACACGCUAACAAACUCUUCCCACCACUGAGGCCUGUCCUGCAGAGGGUGGCGGGGAGCCGCAAUACCAUCAACAACGAGACGCUGUUCGCUCGCUCGUGUUUCCUGCCCAACUGUUCUACGGACCUGCGACUCAGUGCCACACUUAUUCUGCCUCAGAACGGUCAGUACUUGGCACUGGGUGCUGGUCGUAGCUUGAUGCUGAACACGUCACUGUCGGUGGCUGGAGACGAUGCCUUCCUGCCACGCCUGACGCUUCGUUUCCACCACAACGUUCACUACAUCAAAGUACUCAACAACGAGGACAAGGUUGUGAGUUGCGGUGUCACACAGGAAGUGAACAGCACAGCAGUUGAAGUGAGCUGCGGCUUCUCCAGCCUCAUCCUGGCAUCUCACUCCCUGGUUAACAUUAGCUUCCUGCUGGAUGUCAACCAGAACGCCACACCUGGUGACCUCAUCAUUCACGUCAACACGAGCAGUGACAACCUGGAAAGUUCAGAGUAUCUCCGCGACAACGCCGUUGCCUUGUUACUUCCUCUCAAGUAUGGCGUCGACGUCAACAUCCACGGUUUUGUGACACCGACUUCUUUUAUGUUUGGAGAUGAAGACACAACACCCGUCCAAUGCUACUCGCAAACCUUCAACUACACCUACAAGGUGUUGAAUUUAGGUCCUAGCAGGUCAGUGGAUACAGUGGUGGAAAUUACAUUACCGAAGCUGUUGACUCCGUUUCCUCACAGGUUGCUUCAGGUGGUGGACUGGCAGUCGUCACAAGGUGCCUGUGUCGUCAGCAACAAUACUGUUCCCGUCAUCGACGACUGCGAUGUCCCACGAGCUUCUUUCAUAAAACAAAUCUUCUUCUUCUUCUCCUCCACCUCCACACGCACCAUGUUCUGUGGGCGUGGUGACCAGCUAUGCGAGCGCCUGCUAUGUCACCUGGGCAACGUAGAGGCCGGUCGAGAUGCGACCGUUCAGCUGGAAGUCCGACUAAACCCCGAUGUCCUGCUGCAAGCGCCCGGUCGCCAUGGCGUGGUGAAGCUGGAGAGCAGGGCGGUGAUGUCAUCGCCCAAGAACGACCAUCACACCAUCCUGGACCGGGAACAACCCGCCGCACAGGUCCUGGUGGAGGGUCACUUCACCCACAAACCUUCCACGCCAAUCAAAGUGUUCAUCAUCGUAGUCAGUUUGGUUCUGGGUCUAAUGAUCCUGGCGGCACUCAUCUGGUGCUUGUGGAAGGCGGGUUUCUUCAAGAGGGACUUGCAGAAGAAGAAAGAGGAAGAGGAGUUCAAGCGUGACAGCUGGGACUACGUACCCAAACGCAACAACAGGGAGAGCACAUCCUAACAACAUGGCAUCCUUGGCGGACAUUCAUUUGACGGGCGCAGUGUGACAGGACACUGACGGCCAAUUGGUCCGGUGCGACAGGAAUUGCUGACAUCAGCGGCCAGUGAGGAUGUGACUUUGUGAGAAACGAAGGGAGAGAUAUGGACCAAUCACAAGGCUUUUGAUGUCAUCAGUCAUGUGAUGUUCAGGUUUUCAGGUCAACUGCUGAGAGAUGCUUCCUGUUUGGAGUACGAGACGUCCUGCUGAGUGACACUUCCUGGAUAGAGUCCACCACUUCCUGCUGCAAUCACACUGCUUCCUGCUACACUUCCUGCUUGGUGUUCAACACUUCCUGUCUGUUGUACAAGAUUUACUAUCUGGUGUAAAAAAAAAAAAAAAAAAUCCUGCUACACUUCCUGCCCUAAGUACAUCACUUCCUGUCUGUUGCCCAACAUUACCUGUCUGAUGUGGAAAAAAUUCUGCUUGGCAAAAAAAAACAAAUCCUGCUACACUUCCUCCUUCAUGUUCAUCACUUCCUCCGACACUUCAUUCUUCGCAUUCAACACGAUGGGUAUGAAGACUAGAUAUGCCAGCGCACUGUAGCAGCCCAAAUAACCGACGUGUGUAUGUGGCGGCCAUGUUGGCGAGGUCGACGUUCCCAUAAAAGGCAAUGCAUGGACAUUGAAAUUAAGUCGUAACUUGAUCAAUUCUCAACCCAUUUUCACGAGGUUUACUUUUUUGGCAAUGCCAAAGCAUGGUCUCUAAUGCAGAAUUUUUUUUAAAUCCCUCAAAUUAUUUUUACCUCUGAAAGGUUAUUCCCAGUUCCCUUGUGAUUGUACUGCGUUGUGUGUAACCGUAUGCAGCACAACGCAGCUCAAAAGGGGCGUGUUGUACUACCUAGUCAUUUCUGUUUUUCCCCACUUCCUGCAACACAUCCUUCUUGGCAUCUUGCCUAGUUUGCUGUCACAUGACCACGAGAGAGUAAAUAAGUUUAAAACACUGUCAACAUUUUUCCCCAUUUGGUUUCUUGGCUUUAUUUUGAUACACUUUCUUUCCACACCAUAACUACCUGCUGCCUACAAUGUUUUUUUUUAUUUUUAUUUUAAUGUAUGACAACAAGCUCGUGAUGCAUAGAGGUCGCUUUCUGUCACUCGCUUUUCACACAAAACCUU